AUGACUGUGUGUGGAAAGGGGUUAUUUUUUUAUGCUGAGUUAGUAUUGCGCCAUGCACUUACCUUCUGGAAUAAUUGGUCUCAUGUCAACAAUAAUAACAAUGCAGGCCACCCAUCAAGGGGAAAUAUACGUUGGGCGCGACCAGAAAGCGGAAGACUGAAAUUGAACACGGACGCGUCGCUAGAUGCAUCAACGGAGUCUAUGAGCUUGGGUUGGGUCCUACGGGAUCACGAAGGAGUGUUCUUGGCAGCUAAGAAUAUGCAUCUUCAAGGGAUUUACACGGUCAACAAAGCAGAAGCUAUUGGUCUGAGAGAGGCUUUAAGUUGGUUGAAAGGUAUGGGAAUGGGUGGUGUAGAUGUGGAAAUGGACUCUCAGAAUGUUUUUUACUCUCUCUCUAAUCCUUCAUUUAGUUCUACUUUUGGAAUUAUUAUUGAUGAUGUUAAAGAAUUGACAUCGAUGAUUGAUAAUGUUAAAUUCUUUUGA